CGUUUCCUUUUCUCCGCAACAUUAUCUCCAGCGUUGGUCUUGCAGUAAAUUGUAAUUAAGUUGAUUAACUUCGUUUUCUUGUUAUCGCAUUAACUGUUCAAGUUGUUUAACUUGUAAUUGUGAUUGUGUUUAAAUUAUUAGUUAAUUUUGUAAAUCCUAGUGUAAACCUUAUCAACAAUAAUUCAAAAUGGUCAGUGAAUUAGCCUGUUCUUAUGCCGCUCUCCUCUUGGCAGAUGACGAUAUUGCUGUUACAAGUGAGAAAAUCUCAACAAUCUUAAAAGCAGCCAAAAUCGACGUAGAACCCUAUUGGCCAACAUUAUUCGGAAAAGCAUUAGAAAGUGUGGACCUUAAAAAGUUGGUGACCAACAUUGGUUCUGGAGUUGGUUCAGCAGCACCCGCAGCAGCCGGUGGAGCCGCAGCACCAGCAGCCGGAAAAGCUGAAGAAAAGAAGGAAGAAAAGAAAGAAGAAAAAGAAGAAGAGGAAGAAGACGAUGACAUGGGCUUCGGACUUUUUGAUUAGAUAUUUUGAAAUAAAUGGAUUGAUAAUAAAUUUAAAUCUUUAACCAUUCA